CAUAUCCCCAUUAAAGAGAUCGCUCAGCUGUUUUGCAUCCUUGUCAUGGUUACAGGAGGGACUGUGUUAUUCAUCAUCGGGAAUAAUGGCCCAUACAAGACAGCCGGGUUUUCCAGUUAUGCGUUGGCUUACCCAAAACCACUUCAGCAUAAUGAUUCAUUCCUGCAUAAUGAUUCAUUCCUGGUGCAGAAAGCAAGACGAAAUGAUUCUCAGCAAUUCAUCAAAAUUGCUGAAAAAAACCCAGAGAUGUCUUUCAGGAAAGAUCCAAAGUUCAAUUUUUCUUCAUGUCCCCAUUCCUUGCAAGGAAAGCUACAAGCGUCGAACUGGUCCGCUCAGUACUAUCAGCCUUCAGUACAGAUGGUCAUGACUAGUGCCAAUAUCAACAAUAAGGAAUAUGAACGCUUGAAGAAAUAUCAUAUGCCGUAUGGAUUCUUUUAUAGAAGGAAACUCCAGUUUAAAAAUCUGUCCAAAAUACUGAAACUCUUUUCCAAAGAUGAAUCGAUAUUGGGUUUCGAGAAGAAUGAGAGGCCUCGAUGUGUGAGUUGUGCUGUCGUAGGUAAUGGAGGAAUUCUGAACGGAUCGGGAUUGGGCAAGGAAAUCGAUGAUCAUGACAUGGUGUUCAGAGUGAACCACUGUGUGAGGAGAGGCCAUGAGGAUGACGUGGGUAAUCGUACUACACACUACGUGUUCAUGCAUCGGUCCCUCAUGCACACACACAAAUCUGAUAUACCGACUGACAAGGGUAUCAAGUGGGUUUUCCUGCCUUGUGAAUUGGUUGACUAUGAAUACAUCACAGAAGUGGCCAAGGGAUCCAACCCGAAGCAGAAGCUGAAAGCUAAGGCUGCAGACAUCAGGCUGCUGCACCCAGACUUUGUCAGAUACAUUCACAAAAUAUGGAUGCGUACAAAGUCAUUCCGACCUAGUACGGGUGCAGUGAUGUUCUUUACGGCUCUACAUGCAGGAUGUGAUUCUCUCAGUGUUUAUGGCAUGGGAUACAACAAAAAAUAUACAGGAUACUACUACGAUAGCAAGUUCAGUGCCUAUAGGAAUACUUCAGCAAGCCAUGAUUUUCGAAGAGAGGUCCAGAUUAUCAAGGAACUAGACCAAGCUGGUGUCAUCAAGUGGUAUAAGAGGGAUGUCCCUGAAUUUUUAUCAUAGUCAAUAUCAUAAAGAUUCCCGAUUGUAAACAUGCUGUAACCUUUCAAACGUCAUGGAAUACCAUCUGCUUGUGAGCUUUCAGUUGAGAGUCUGCUUGGAAGCAGUCUGUGAGUUUCAUCAGACAUUCGUCGUAGAUGGCGUACUUGCUGAUGACUGUGCUGAUGCAGCGCAACGAAUCGUAAACGACCCGGUCCACACUUUUUAAACGAUCCGACGACGACGCGAUUUUCGAAAUUUCAUGUCAUUUCAUUUAUUGGUUUCUACAAGACUUUUUCAUAAACACAUGAACAAAGAAGAUACAAUUAUAAUAAACGUAUAACUGACAAGCAAAACAUUGAACAUAAUUACAUUUUCUAUUAAUACAUAUCGAUUUUUUGGAAGGUUGCAGUGAUUACCACUAUAAGCUCAGCUUGACUGCGUGGCAACCCCAGAAAACAAUAAUUAUUAUUCAUCCAACAUGAUUAUCUUAUCGUAAGGGUGCAGGUGCGAAAAGACGAGGGGGGGGGGGGGCGCUUGGUCCUCACAAUGUACUUUUUAUUUUGAUUCUUGGUUGUUUUUUAUUUUCUUCUUUUGGAAAUUAUGUGUUUCAUUACAUAAAGAGAAAGAGCAAUUUUAGGGUUAAAUCUGUGAAUAUUUAUUCAAUAAUAAUGUUUGAAUACCCCUUUUAAAGGGGAAUUUGAAUCUUAGCUGUUUGAAUGAAUCUGGCUAUGUAUUCCAUAUGUCAGGCCCAUGACGUCUUAGUGUUUUAUGUGCUAAUAGUGUUCUAGGAUUGUCUAAGUGAAUAUUCUGACAUGUCCGUGUUGGGUAUGAAUGUAAGUUGCUAUUACAUGAAAAGAAAUCGGUAAACACAGGAGGAAGCAGUUUGUAAUGAUAUUUAUACAUGAAAAUAGCUAUUUGUAUAGUAUUUAUAUCAUAUAUCCUUUACGUUUUUAGACGAUAAAAAAGUGGAUCAGUGUGUGAAAGAUAUGUUGAUUUUGUGCAUAUCCUAACACUUUUCUUUUGUAAUAAAAGUAAAUGUUCAACGUUAGUUUUACUACAGUUUCCCCAAAUAAUGUUACAAUAAUUAAUAUAUGGUAGUACCAAUGCAAUGUAUAUCAUUAAAAGGGAAUGCUCUGGCAAAAAAUACUUUAAUUUGUAUAAUAUUCCAGUUCCUUUAGCCAUUAAUGUGGAUAUAUUGCUUACGUGUUGGUUCCACGAUAAAUGUUUGUCUAUUGUAAUACCAAGAAAUUUAUCAUAAUCUUUUUUUAUCUAUGGGCUCAUUAUCAAAUAUAAUGUCUUGGGAAAAAAAAUCGUCAUUCUUAUGAGUAGUUUGAAAAUGAACAAAAUGAGUUUUACUUAUGUUUAACAAUAACUUGUUACAUUUAAACCAGGAAGAAACAUUUUUUUAAUUCCAAACUCAUUAUAUUAAUCAAUUCAUCUAAAUUUCCGUGAGAUAAUAAGAUGUUGGUGUCGUCAGCAUAUAAAAUAAACGAAAGAAUUUGAGAAGAAUAUAGUAUAUCAUUGAUAUAAUAUUAAAAACAGAAGUAGUCCCAAAAUCGAACCUUGUGGCAGUCCACAAUUAAGAAAGGACAACGGAGAUCUAAUAUUAUUAAUAGAGAGGAAUUGUUGUCGAUUUAAAAGAUAACUUUUAAUCCUUGACCAGGCAACUCCACGUAUUCCGUAAUUAUAUAAUUCAUGUAAUAAAAUUUGAUGGUCAAUGGUGUCGAAGGCUUUACUUAUAGGUCCAUAAAUAAAGCGAUUAUAUGACUUCUUUUUGAAAGAGAGUUAACAACAUUAUCAAGUAAUUUAGUUAUUGCAAAAUCGGUUGAGAAUUUUUUUCUAAAGCCGAAUUGGGCGGGAGUAAGAAUUUUAUUUAAUGACAAAAAUGAAUCCAGUCGUUUGUACGCAAUUUUUUCCAAUAUUUUUGACAAACAUGGUAAAAGUGAUAUAGGACGAUAAUCUGUAACUUUAGUCGGGUCAUCUUUUUUGUAAACCGGGACUACUUUUGCUAUUUAUAAUAAAUUGGGACAACAGUCAUAUAUUACAUGCUUUAAAAGUUUUGUGCUGAUUCCGUCAUAUCCUUUAGAUUUUUUAGAUGCUAAGGUUUCAACUAUCUUAAGUAUUUCAUGUUGAUCUGUUGGAAUAAAACACAUUGUAUUUGAGUUGGGCUCGGAGAGAUACUCAGUCAAAUUCUUACCAUUACUUUGUAUUUUUGAAGCCAGGUCAGGACCAAUGCCCGUAAAAAAAGAUUAAAAGCUUGAGCAAUUUCAUAAUGUUCAGUAAAUAAUUCAUUUUUAACUUCAAGUUUUUCAAUUUUAUCAUGGGGUUUACUUUUGUUUAUUAAUUUGUUUAUGACAUUCCAAGAUGCAUUCAAAUUCUCUUCUGCGUUUUUUUUUAUUUCUUUUGAAUAAUAUAUUUUUUCGAAGAUCGAAUUACGCCGGUGAGUGUAUUGCGAUACUUUUUAUACUUGAUAAAAUUAUGUUCAGAUCUAUUAGAAAUGAAUGAUUUAUAAAGUUUAUUAUGUUUCUUGAUAGACUGUUAAAUUCCUUGAGUAAUCCAUGGAUUUCUGAUUUCACUUUUACGCUUCUUGCUUUGAACAAGUGGUAUAUUUUUAUCAUAGUAAUGAGUGAAUUUAUCAAUAAACAAUUUAUCAGCAACAUUUGCAUCAUUUUCUUCCAAAACGUCAUCCCAAUUCUCAUUGGUUAAAUCUUCAAUCAAAGCUGAUAUAGUAUUUAUAUUUUCUUUCCUGUAUGUUUUCUAAUCUUUUCUUUGUUUACACUAACUUCACAUUCUGAAGAAAUUAAAAAAAUAUUGGCAAAUGAUAUGUAAUAUCAUAAAAACUCCACUAUUGUUAUCAUUGCUAAAAGAAUAUAUCAUCGAUCAAUGUUGCUGACGUGGACGUUAUUCUAGUAGGUAUGUUGAUGCAAGGAUGAAAAGCAUAUGAGGAAAGUAUAUUGAGAAAUAUGCUUGCAUUAUUAUUGCUAUUAUGAUUCCUUACUUAAUUAGACUUAUAAUAAGAUGGUUUGUUAUAUAAAUUAUCUGAUAAAUCAAUAUUGAAGUAACCCAUCAUAUAGAUUUGUUUAUUUUCACGUGAUAUCUUCUCA